AUGAAGAACGUCGCCAAAGCCCUCAUUGCUUCCGCCGCCGCCUUUGAAUCGGGUGUGAGCUAUAAUGACUACGCCAGCAGUGCAGGUAUAACCUGCGGUGGAACGAUUACAAGCGACCAGACGAUCGUCUCUCCCACAAACGGUGGAUUCUACUACGCCGACACGAGCUGCAUCUGGGAGGUCGAGCUAGACGCGUCAGUCGCGAGUUUCGAUCUUGUCGCCAAAAGCUUCGCCGUUGAAACCAGCGGAGAUUGCAGAUUCGAUUUUCUCCGAAUCGUCGAUGGGGCAGGUUACGAAGUGAACUACUGUGGAUUUACCGAUCCCAGCACUCUUCGACGAAAACGAGACGCCGAGCUGGAAAAGGAAAGAGCAUCUCUCUCGGGACGCACUGUUGUCAAUCCAAUCACUACCGGUUUGAAAAAGCAUACUGUCAUUGGAAACACCGCGACGAUCACGUUCCAAACUGACUUUGUUUCGCAUUACAAAGGCUUCGAGAUCGACAUCGUCGCUGGCGGUGCCACUGAGGAACCUGCCGCUCCUUCUCCCGCUGAUGCUUGGGCGCAGAUCGAAGCCGCCGCUGCUGACAUUGCCAUCCGUGUCGACGACUUCUACGAUGCUCUCCCCGGCCUCGGCGUCAAUUCGGUCCUUGCUUCAAAGAAGGUCGCUAGAUUCAACGCUUUCUUUGCUAAGAUGCAAAAGCUCAACUCCUUCUCUUCCGCCGAUCCCUGCACCUACCCCGCUGGCUCGAACGACCACACCACUUUCGUCGCACCUGUCGAUUCCGCCGACGCCUGCGAGGAAUUGAAUGGCCUUUUUGCCUCGCUCGUCUCCUUCACCGACUCUUUCGUCUGCAUGCCAAACGCCGAGUACAAGCCAGCCAAGUUGAACGCUCUUAUCCACCGUCAGCGAAGACAGAUCGUCACCAGAAAACUCAAGCAAAUGAAGUGCGGAAACUAA